AGAAAGUCUCGCGAUAUUUUGGCGCAAGGGCCAGAGCCGCGUAGCGAGCGGUGGCAGCUGCUGAGGGCGGCGGGACCGCGGCUGGGCUGAGGUCGGUCUGGUGAGGGGCAGCGCGAGCUGCCGCGCCUCUCAGGCUGUGCGUCCCGACGACCGGGCUCGGGAAUAGCGUGUGGACAGCUCGGUCCCCGAGGGCCGCGCCCGGAACGGAUAGGUGAGCGGACACCGAGCUUCACCUGAAUUGCGGUGACAGGUGCAGAGCAGUGCGGCGCCGCACUCGCUACCCGGCCCGCCCCCCUCAGGCCUCGGCCGUCCGGCUCGGGAUGCGCCGCGGGCCCGGACCCAGCGUCUGCGGCUUCGGGAGCCUGGCACCGCCGCGGAGGAGCGGCCGCCGCCCCUAGGGGAAGGCGCUGGGAAACGGCUGAGCACGGGCAUGAGCUGGCCGCGGCGUGUGCUGCGGGACUAGGACGCCGCCAUGAACCUGCACCAGGUGCUGACCGGCGCGGUGAACCCCGGCGACCACUGCUUCUCGGUGGGCAGCGUCGGCGAGCAGCGCUUUACGGCCUAUGCAUCUGGAUGUGACAUUGUAAUACUGGGAAGUAAUUUUGAAAGAUUACAGAUCAUCCCAGGAGCUAAACAUGGAAAUAUUCAAGUGGGAUGUGUAGACUGUUCAAUGCAACAAGGCAAGAUUGCAGCAUCUUAUGGAAACGUUAUCUCUGUUUUUGAACCAGUCAGUGUGCCGAAAAAAAGGAAAAAUUUGGAAUUUUAUAGUCAAUGGCAGAAAAGUGGCCAAUUUUUUCUGGACUCAAUAGCACAUAAUAUAACCUGGGAUCCCGCAGGUAAUCGUCUUUUAACUGGUUCCAGCUGUCUGCAGCUUUGGUGUAAUAUUAACUCAAGAAAGCAAACUGAAGAUGAAAAUGCAGAUAAAACAGAUCUGAACUUUGGAGAUUGGGUAUGCAUUUGGCAUUGCAAAACUGCUUCCCAGGUCCACCUCAUGAAAUUUUCACCAGAUGGAGAAUUUUUUGCCACUGCUGGAAAGGAUGACUGUCUUCUAAAGGUAUGGUAUAAUGUAGAAAACUGGCGACCAGCUGUUACCUCUCCAGAUAAAAAUUCAGAAAAACAAUCCCAAGGAGAAAUUGACUUUUCUUUUGUGUAUCUGGCCCAUCCACGAGCUGUAAAUGGAUUUUCCUGGCGUAAAACAAGCAAAUAUAUGCCGAGGGCUUCUGUAUGUAAUGUACUAUUGACUUGCUGUAAAGAUAAUGUAUGUCGUCUUUGGGUAGAAACAUUUUUACCAAAUGAUUGUUUGCUGUAUGGAAGUGACUGCAACCACUGGUGUGAACCAAUUAGUUUAACAAAUAACUUAAAGAGAAAUGCUUCCAGUAAAGACCGAGUUCAAAGUGCUCUAGAAGUAAAUCUGAGACCUUUCCGUAGAGGUCGGAGUAGAUCACUUGCUCUUGUAGCACAUACUGGCUAUCUGCCUCAUCAGCAGGAUCCUCACCGUGUCCACAGGAACACGCCACUGCAUGCCAAUGCACUUUGUCACUUUCAUAUUGCAGCCAGCAUCAACCCAGCCACAGACAUCCCUCUUCUUCCAUCUAUUACGUCUUUGAGUUUAAGUGUAAAUGAAGAGCAGUGUGGACCUUUUGUGGUACACUGGUUAAACAAUAAAGAGUUGCAUUUUACUUUGUCCAUGGAGGUCUUCUUACAGCAACUUAGAAAGAGUUUUGAACAGCCCUCAUCUGAGGCCAGUGUAGAAGACUCUAUUCAGGCAGAUGUAAAAUCUGAUGAAGAAAUGGAUGGUGGUGUUGAUGAUUUAAAAAUAAAUCAUGAAAAGAAGGAAUUGGGUGAAGACAAAAUGUUACCAAGCUCAAGUUUUACACCAUUAUCAUCUGCUGCCAUUGAUCAUCAGAUUGAAGUGCUUCUGUCUGAAUGGAGUAAAAACGCAGACAUGCUUUUCAGUAUUCAUCCCAUGGAUGGGUCUUUACUAGUUUGGCAUGUAGAUUGGCUAGAUGAAUACCAGCCUGGUAUGUUUCGUCAAGUUCAGGUGUCCUUUGUUUCCAGAAUCCCUGUAGCUUUCCCCACAGGUGAUGCAAACUCUCUUUGUAAAAGCAUAGUAAUGUACGCCUGUACCAAGAAUGUUGACUUGGCUAUUCAACAAGGAAAACAGAAACCUACUGGCCUCACUCGCUCUACAUCAAUGCUUAUCUCCUCUGGACACAGUAAAUCAUCAAAUAACUUAAAAUUAAGUAUUUUUACCCCGAAUGUUAUGAUGAUUUCAAAGCAUGCUGAUGGUUCUUUGAAUCAGUGGCUGGUUAGUUUUGCUGAGGAAUCUGCUUUUUCUACAGUGCUUAGUAUUUCUCACAAAUCCAGAUACUGUGGUCAUCGUUUUCAUCUUAAUGAUUUAGCUUGCCACUCAGUAUUACCUUUAUUACUGACAACAUCACACCAUAAUGCAUUAAGGACACCAAAUGUUGGUAACCAAAAGCAAGCUCAUGACACUAUAAAUAUUGAAGAAUGUUCCUUGGCACAGCAAAAUAAAAGCAAUGUUGAUAUGGCAUUUCAAGAUCCCAAUGCAGUUUAUAGUGAGCUUAUUCUUUGGAGGGUUGAUCCAGUUGGGCCACUAUCUUUUUCUGGAGGAGUGUCUGAGCUUGCCCGGAUUAAUUCUCUUCAUGUUUCUGCCUUUUCCAAUGUGGCAUGGCUCCCUACUCUCAUACCCAGUUACUGUCUAGGUGCAUACUGCAACUCUCCUAGUGCAUGCUUUGUAGCUAGUGAUGGACAAUAUCUGAGGUUAUAUGAAGCAGUUAUUGAUGCCAAGAAACUUUUAUAUGAGCUUUCCAACCCUGAAAUUUCUAAAUAUGUUGGUGAAGUAUUUAACAUCGUCAGUCAGCAGUCAACAGCCAGACCAGGAUGCAUUAUUGCAUUAGAUUCUAUUACCAAGCUUCAUGGCAGAAAAACCCAGUUGCUUCAUGUUUUUCAAGAAGACUUCAUUUUGAAUAACCUUGAGAAGAAACGUCUGGGAAUAGAUAGCAUUUUAUUGGAUUCAGGCAGUUCACGUAACGGAUUUUCUGAAAAGUUCUACCUGGUUGUGAUAGAGUGUACUCAAGACAACCGUUCACUCUUACGUAUGUGGGAUUUACACUUAAGGUCGAUUCCUGUCUCACUGGAUGAAAGAAUAGAUACAAAAAUAUCAGAAGCUAUUUGGCUACCAGAAGAACAUUAUUCCUCUUCUCCAGAGAAGAUUCUAUCUCCAUUUUCACAGAAAUUCCAGGCUUGCAGAGCUAAUCUCCAGAGUACCAGCAAGUUGUCUCUUUUUUCUGAAAUGGUAUACAGCAAAGAGUUGGAUUUGCCAGAAGGAGUUGAAAUAAUAAGUGUUAAGCCUUCAGCAGGACACCUGAGUUCAUCUUCCAUAUAUCCUGUUUGCAGUGCUCCUUAUUUAUUGGCAACUUCAUGCUCAGAUGAUAAAGUAAGAUUUUGGCGAUGCAGAGUAACAAAUGGAGAAUCAGCUACAUCAAAGAAUGGAAAAAUAGAUCUUGUGUAUAUUUGGGAAGAAUGGCCAUUACUCAUUGAAGAUGGACUUCAGAGCAAUAGUAGUAUAACUGUACCUGGUAGGCCUGUAGAAGUGAGCUGUGCACAUACAAAUCGUUUAGCAGUAGCUUAUAAACAGCCCACAUGUAAUAGUAGAUCUCAGGAAUUUGUUAUGCAUGUGAGUAUCUUCGAGUGUGAGUCUACAGGAGGUUCAUGUUGGAUCCUUGAGCAGACAAUUCACUUAGAUGAGUUAAGUACAGUGUUGGAUUCUGGCAUUAGUAUUGAUAGCAAUUUAGUGGCUUAUAAUAAACAGGAGACAUAUUUAGUCAGUAAAGAAAGUAUUACAUCAAGCACAAAACAUUUGGUUCACUUAGAUUGGAUGUCUAGAGAAGAUGGUUCUCAUAUCUUAACCGUAGGAAUUGGCUCAAAACUUUUUAUGUAUGGACCCAUGGCUGGCAAGGUACAAGAACAGACUGUGAAGGAGAACCAGGUGUUUCCUCUCUGGGACAGUACUAAAGUCGUACCUCUUUCUAAAUUUGUACUAUUACGAAGUGUAGAUUUGGUUUCUUCUGUAGAAGGUGCCCCACCUUUUCCUGUUUCUUUAUCAUGGGUCCGGGAUGGCAUCCUUGUGGUAGGAAUGGAUUGUGAAAUGCAUGUAUAUUCCCAAUGGCAGCCAUCUUAUAAACAAGAACCUGUUAUAGCAGAUUCAUACAAUGGAAGUACUCCGUCUAUAUUAAGUUUAAUAAAGCAAAGUAACUCAUCAAGUUCUGGGCUACAUCCUCCAAAGAAAACUCUGACUCGAUCCAUGACCAGUCUUGCACAAAAAAUCUGUGGAAAAAAAAGUACAUUUGACCCUUCUGUGGAUAUGGAAGAUUCUGGUCUUUUUGAAGCAGCUCAUGUACUUUCUCCAACUUUACCUCAGUACCAUCCCUUGCAGCUUUUGGAACUCAUGGAUCUUGGCAAAGUCCGGAGAGCCAAGGCCAUCUUGUCACAUCUUGUCAAAUGCAUUGCUGGGGAAGUUGUGGCUCUGAAUGAAACUGAAUCCAGUCAUGAACGCCGCCUUAGAUCUCUCACCAUCAGUGCUAGUGGAAGCACCACCAGAGACCCUCAGGCAUUCAACAAAGCUGAAAACAGAGACUACACAGAGAUAGACUCUGUUCCCCCACUUCCUUUAUAUGCCUUACUUGCAGCAGACGACGACAGCUAUUACUCAUCUUUGGAAAAGACUAGGAAUGAAAGUUCCUUAAGGAAAUCAGAACAGUUAUCAAAAGAAAGUUAUGAUGAGCUUUUUCAGACUUCAGUUCUAAUGUCUGAUAAUCACAUAUUAGAGACAGAUGAAGAGAAUACACAGCCCAGAGUUAUUGACCUUUCACAAUAUAGUCCAACUUACUUUGGUCCUGAGCAUGCUCAGGUUCUUUCUGGCCAUUUACUUCAUUCUAGUUUACCAGGGCUCACCAGGAUGGAACAGAUGUCUUUGAUGGCCUUAGCAGAUACAAUUGCAACUACAAGCACUGAUAUUGGAGAAAGUAGAGACAGAAGUCAAGGUGGAGAAACUUUAGAUGAGUGCGGAUUAAAGUUUCUUUUGGCUGUUCGACUCCAUACCUUCCUUACAACUUCCCUUCCAGCUUACCGAGCUCAACUCCUUCACCAAGGCCUUUCUACUGGUCAUUUUGCUUGGGCAUUUCACUCAGUAGCAGAGGAAGAACUACUGAAUAUGUUGCCAGCCAUGCAGAAAGAUGAUCCAACUUGGUCUGAACUGAGAGCAAUGGGAGUGGGGUGGUGGGUUCGCAAUGCUCGCAUCUUGCGCAGAUGCAUAGAAAAAGUAGCCAAAGCAGCCUUUCACAGAAAUAAUGAUCCGUUAGAUGCAGCAAUUUUUUACCUUGCAAUGAAAAAAAAAGCUGUGAUUUGGGGAUUAUAUAGAUCUCAAAAAGACACCAAAAUGACACAGUUUUUUGGGCAUAAUUUUGAGGAAGAGAGGUGGCGUAAAGCAGCUUUGAAAAAUGCCUUUUCAUUAUUAGGCAAGCAAAGGUUUGAACAUUCUGCAGCAUUUUUUCUUCUAGGUGGUUGUCUCAAAGAUGCAAUUGAGGUAUGCCUUGAGAAAUUGAAUGACAUUCAGUUGGCUCUAGUAAUAGCAAGAUUGUUUGAGUCUGAAUUUGAUAAAUCAACAACAUACAAGUCAAUUUUACGCAAAAAAGUUUUGGGAAUUGGUUCUCCAGCCAGUGAGCUCAAUUCAUCAAACAUAAAUGCACAUCAUGACCCCUUUCUUCGGAGUAUGGCACAUUGGAUUUUAGAAGAUUAUAGUGCUGCUCUGGAAACAUUAAUAAAGCAACCUGUUACAGAGGAAGAAGAUCAAGGCAUGAUGUCAGCUUGUAAUCCUGUAGUUUUUAAUUUCUACAAUUACCUAAGAACACAUCCUCUUUUGCUAAGACGUCAUCUUGGAUCAUCUGAUACAUUUUCAACACACAUGGCUUUAACAGGAAAAAGUGGACUGGCAGGAACAAUUAAUCUAAGUGAAAGAAGAUUAUUUUUUACGACUGCUAGUGCUCACCUAAAAGCUGGCUGCCCAAUGUUGGCUUUGGAAGUAUUGUCAAAGAUGCCCAAAGUCAAUAAGAAAGCAAAACCCUUUUGUAGAGGAUCUAGUUUUUUAACUAGUAAAGAAUCUUCUCCACUAAAAUCGGAAACAAGAGAAGACAAGUCUUCUGCUGUUGACUGGUCACAGUCGCUGAUCAAUGGUUUUGAAUCUUCUUCAGAGGGUUCCUCAGAGAGGCACUCAAACUCUACCUUUUCUUUUGAUUGGAGCCAACCGAGUAUGGUAUUUCAAGAUGACUCUUUGGAGUUGAAAUGGGAUAGUGAUAAUGAUGAGGAAAAUGAAGAUCCCCCUAUUUCAAUGAAAGAAAUAAGACCUUUGCAGAGAAACACAAUUAAAGAAUUAGACGAAUUUAGCAGUUACACAGACUCCUUAAGCACACUAGAUGAAAAUGACAUUUUAAAUCCAUCAGAAGAUAUAAUUGCUGUUCAACUAAAGUUUAGAGCAUGUUUAAAGAUUCUCACAGUAGAACUUCGUACUUUAUCUACUGGCUAUGAAAUAGAUGGUGGGAAAUUGCGUUACCAACUCUACCACUGGCUUGAAAAAGAGGUAGUAGCUCUUCAGAGGACUUGUGACUUUUGUUCAGAUGCAGAACAACUGCAGUCCACAUUUAGCCAAAGUGCAGAUGAAACUGGAUCAAUUGAAGAUGCUGAUGAUUUGCAUCACCAAACAAAAGUGAAACAACAACUGAGAGAAAGUUUCCAGGAAAAAAGGCAGUGGCUCUUGAAAUAUCAAUCACUCUUAAGAAUGUUUCUUAGUUACUGUGUGCUUCAUGGCUCUCAUGGUGGGGGUCUUGCAUCAGUGAGAAUGGAAUUAAUUUUACUUUUGCAAGAAUCUCAGCAGGAAACAGCAGAACCAAUAUUUUCUAACCCUCUGUCAGAACAAACUUCAGUGCCUCUUCUCUUUGCUUGUACAGCCAGUGCCAAAACAGUAGUUGCCAAUCCAUUAUUGCACCUUAGCAAUUUAACACAUGAUAUUCUACAUGCCAUAAUAAAUUUUGAUUCACCACCACAUCCUGAUAGCCAAACCAAUAAAGUAUAUGUAAUGCAUACUUUAGCAGCCUCACUCUCUGCUUGUAUUUAUCAGUGCCUUUGUGGUAGUCAUAACUACAGUUCAUUUCAAACAAAUCAGUUUACUGGAAUGGUGUAUCAGACAGUACUUCUUGCCCAUCGACAUUCCUUGAGAACAGGAAGUUUAGAUGAAUCAGUAACUCCCAACACAUCACCAGCUCAAUGGCCAGGAAUCAAUUGUCUAAUUCAACUUUUGAAUUCUUCUGGUGAAGAAGCUCAGUCAGGACUUACAGUGUUGCUUUGUGAAAUUCUCACAGCAGUGUAUCUUAGUCUGUUCAUUCAUGGGCUAGCAACACACUCUAGUAAUGAGCUAUUUCGGAUUGUAGCCCACCCUCUAAAUGAAAAAAUGUGGUCUGCAGUAUUCGGUGGAGGAGCACAUGUUCCCAGCAAAGUACAGACAACCUCAAAAGCUUUAUCUGGAAGGCACUUUGCUAUGCCUAGCCCCCACCAGGUAGUGGUAUUCUCCAUGGAAUGUGUGGGCUUUUCCAAAGCUCUGUCAGCCAUCAGUUCUCAUAGCCCUCCCACUCUUGCAGUUGAAGGAGAAAAACAAAACAAACAUAUUAGUCCAUCAAAAGUGUCUGGCAGAGAAUCUUCUCCUGUAUCCUCUUCCUCUGUAAAUCAGGAGCCACUUGCAGUCAAGGAGAAGUUCAUUCCACCUGAACUAAGUAUCUGGGAUUACUUCGUAGCCAAGCCUUUUCUACUGCCUUCCCAAAGUAGAGCAGAGUAUGAUUCUGAGGAGAGUCUAGAAAGUGAUGAUGAUAAUGAUGAUGAUGAUGAUGAUGAUGAUGACGACGACAACGAUGAUGAUACUUUGCCUUCUGAUCUCCAACUCCAUGAGCAUUCAAAUUCAAAUUCAUUCAGUUGGUCAUUGAUGAGAUUGGCUAUGGUCCAGUUGGUGCUCAACAAUUUGAAGACUUUCUAUCCCUUUGCAGGUCAUGAUCUUGCAGAACUACCAGUUAGUUCACCUCUUUGUCAUGCGGUUCUAAAAACUCUUCAGUGCUGGGAACAAGUUCUUCUCCGGCGACUUGAAAUUCAUGGUGGACCACCUCAAAACUAUAUUUCAAGUCACACUUCUGAAGAGAAUGUGUCUGCAGGCCCUGCAAUACUCCGUCACAAAGCUUUACUAGAACCUACAAACACUCCUUUCAAAUCCAAAAAUCAUCUCGCACUGUCUGUGAAGAGGCUUUGGCAGUACUUGGUAAAGCAGGAAGAAAUUCAAGAAACUUUUAUCAGAAAUAUAUUCACAAAGAAACGAUGUCUAAAUGAGUCAUUAGAGGACAGCAGUGAAACUAUCAAAAAUUCUAUGAUGGAGGAGCCAAACAUCAAUAAGAUAGAGUCAGAUCUGGGAUAUCCUGGAGGCAAAGCAAGAAUUAUUCAUAAGGAAUCUGAUAUCAUUACUGCCUUUGCUGUUAAUAAGGCAAAUAGAAAUUGCAUAGCAAUUGCCUCCAGCCAUGAUGUACAAGAACUGGAUGUUUCUGGAAUUCUGGCCACACAGAUAUAUACUUGGGUGGAUGAUGAUACAGAAACAGAAACCAAGGGAUCAGAAGACUUCUUGGUUAUACAUGCUCGUGAUGAUUUAUCAGCUGUCCAGGGUACAACUCCAUAUACGCACAGCAACCCUGGCACUCCAAUCAACAUGCCAUGGCUUGGAAGUACACAGACGGGCAGAGGAGCAUCUGUGAUGCUUAAGAAAGCCAUUAAUAAUGUUAGAAGAAUGACAUCACAUCCAACUCUUCCUUACUAUCUGACAGGAGCUCAAGAUGGAAGUGUCAGGAUGUUUGAAUGGGGCCAUUCUCAGCAGAUAACCUGUUUUCGAUCUGGUGGCAAUUCAAGAAUUACAAGAAUGAGAUUUAACUAUCAGGGAAAUAAGUUUGGAAUUGUUGAUGCUGAUGGAUAUUUAAGUUUGUACCAAACAAACUGGAAAUGUUGCCCAGUUACUGGGAGCAUGCCUAAGCCGUAUCUGGCUUGGCAGUGCCAUAACAAGACAGCCAAUGAUUUUGUCUUCGUUAGUUCCUCCUCUCUGAUAGCUACAGCUGGUCUUUCAACUGACAACAGAAACAUAUGUCUAUGGGACACACUUGUAGCACCUGCCAAUAGUUUAGUUCAUGCUUUUACCUGCCAUGACAGUGGAGCCACAGUUUUAGCGUAUGCUCCCAAACAUCAACUACUAAUAUCAGGGGGCAGAAAAGGUUUCACAUGUGUAUUUGACCUUCGACAACGACAACAGAGGCAGCUUUUUCAGAGUCAUGAUUCCCCUGUUAAAGCCGUUGCUAUUGAUCCAACUGAAGAGUACUUUGUUACAGGAUCUGCAGAAGGCAAUAUAAAGAUUUGGAGUCUUUCUACCUUUAGUCUUCUCCAUACUUUUAUCAAUGAACAUGCUCGACAGUCUAUUUUUAGAAAUAUUGGAACUGGAGUCAUGCAGAUUGAGACAGGACCAGCAAAUCACAUUUUCUCUUGUGGAGCAGAUGGAACAAUGAAAAUGAGGAUACUGCCGGAUCAGUUUAGCCCUUUAAACGAGGUGUUGAAAAAUGAUGUGAAAUUUAUGCUGUAACAUUUUCACAAAGGUUUAUGAUGGUACCUGUUCUGUAGAAGUGGCGAGCAGAUGCAAUGCACAAUACUCACCUGCACCAUGGAUAAACUAAUGCUUUCUUCUUGUCAUAUUUAUUUUAUGGAGCUUUGCCCUUGAUGCACUGAUGCCUUAAAAGAUAGCAAGUCGUUCAGCGUUAGAUCCUGUUGCCUAACAUAGAAUGUUAUAAUGUAUAAGUAAUGCUGUAUUCAUACUUAUUUAUAGUAUAUUUUAGUAAAUACGUCAUCGUAUUAAAGGAACUUUGUUUUCUCAUUGUUAUAAACUCUGUGCAAAUACCACUGCAUGAAGUCCACAGACAGUGAAAACCCUUAAGACAGGUGCCGAGAUAACACUCACCACUUAAUUCACCACCCUCUCACUUCUGUCACACAGACAGCUCUAAUUCUUUUCCAGUUAAUAAUGAAAAAUUUAUAUAGACACAAAUAAGGUAAGACAUCGCCACUAAAACUGCUGUUGGGACUUCAGCGAUAAGAGAAUCCAAGAGUUUAUUAAAUUUUCCUCUUUCCCUUCUAUAACCCAGAUGUCUGUAUGUAAAUGUAUUUAUGUGUGUAUAUAUAUAUGUGUGCAUAUGUAUAUAUAUGUACAUCUUACACAUCUUACUUGUAUAUACAGAAACUACACUCCUUUCAUGUAUUUUGUGCCAUAACAUCUACUGCCACAAGUAUAAAACUUCUCUUACAACUCAGUUUUUUUAAGUUUUUUUAAAUUAUUUUAAUCUUAAAGUCACUUUUAAGAAGAGUUUUAAGAUUAUUAUUAUUUUAAAGAUAUUGAAUCAAAUAAGUCUCAGUAGGCAAUAAAGAUGUAUGGCACACAAGGCAUUUAUAUUAUAAAUUUGUCACCAGUUUUGAUGAUCAGACAGUUUAGUUAAAUUUUUUUUAAUUUUAUUUCUUUUAAGAUGCAUUUAGUCUAAAAAUCCUAAAAAUGUUAUAGCAGUGUUUUUAGAAACAAAUGUGAAAACAGUCAAAUUAAGUAUAGUAUUUACAAAUGUACAGGGCCCUACAGAUCUACAUUGAUAGGAAAUAAAUGUUAUAUUUUAUUAUUUUUGCCAAAAUAUUAUUUUAUUAUAAAAUUUGACCAAAAUAUUUAAAAUUUACAAUGCUUCUAUCUUAAAUAUGCUAAACCUAUUUCUGUCUGUUUCAUGGUAUAUCUUUUCUGAUUCAUAAUUACAAAAAAAAAAACUUGAAAAAAUACUUGAUUUUUUUUAGCCAAUGAGACUGGCAGUAGAAUAAGUGUUUAAGGGACAGUUACAUACUAUUCAGCUCAAAUUUAUUUUAGGUUAGAACCAGAAAUUACCAUUUUUAUGUAAUGAAAUAUGGAAAACUAUUAGGAAUUGAAAAGUCAAAGCAAAGAAAUGAAGGGCUGGUAAAUGAAUUUUGUAAUGUCCUCAGGAUACUUUUAUUAUAAAAGUGUAUUGUCAAAGGUUUUGUAAUUGUAUUUCAUAUUUUAAAUAUAGUGAGCAAGUUACAGUGAAAACACUGUCAUUAUAGAGAGUUUAUAUGCACAGAGUAACCUGUACCUGUAAAUUGUGCAAUAGCAAUAUAUGACGAUUUUGCCAUGGAGAAAUCUGUGACAACAUUGCAAACAAUAUUUUUCUUUGUAGCUAAGUUAUUUUUUAGUAAUCUCUUCACAAAUCAAGAUUCAGAAGGCUUUAAACACUUUCAAUAAGAAAGGAAAUUUACUAUUGUGUUUAUUAAAAUCAAAAAGCUUUGGGGAUGAACUAUUGAGCAUUUUAAUUGAGAGUUUAUAUGAAUACCACAUAUUAUGUAAGCCCGUAUGUAUUUACAUCCAGAGUCAUAUUUUAAAUAAACAAUCAUGCAGUGA